AUGGGAAUGGGAACAGCGGCUGGAGUGGCUUCAAAUAUCCAGGCAAAGGAUUUAAAUACAGAGCACGUGAUGGGGAGGCCAUUGGAUGAUUCACUCUGCGAGCUUAGUUCCUUGUUAUCUGUUUGUUUGAGAACCUUGUUGCUAUUUUGUGAAUUCAUCACAAAUUUGGUGCUUUCAUUGAGUUUGAAAAUGGGUGAAGCUACUAGAAACAAGGAUCUAGCUGCCAAAUUGGAUUUGAUACUGAUCACUAUGGAUCAGAGGGAGGAGAGGAUGCUAACGGCAAUGGAUCAGAGAGAGGAGAGGGUUAAGAUGUUGGAGCAGAAUAUGGCCACCAUCUCGAAAUACAUCGAGACUCAUCAAACUCAAGGGUAUACUGGUUCAUCCUCUGGACCACCAGUUCAUAUUGAGGCUUUAGGAGGUCAAGAAUAUCGAAGAUCACCAACAUAUCAUUCCAGAUCAGUGAGGGUGGAUUUUCCCAGAUUUGAGGGAAUUGAUGUUCUCCAAUGGAUAUAUAAGGCAGAGCAGUACUUUGAAUACUAUCGAAUUGAUGAGGAAGAGAGAUUGCAAUUGGCUGUCAUACAUUUUGACGGACCGGUGGUUCCAUGGUACCAAAUGUUGAAGAAAUCUGGUAUCUUAACAUCUUGGACAUCAUUAGUUAAAGCAUUGGAACAUGCUUAUGGACCCUCAAUGUAUGAAAGCCCUGCUUAUGCACUGUUUAAGCUCAUUCAGGAGGAUUCCGUUGCCAAUUAUUAUGCCAACUUUACAACCCUAGCAAAUAGAGUGGAGGGAAUGUCUGAUUCAGCAUUCUUGGCUUGUUUUAUUAGUGGGUUAAAACGAGAAAUUCAGAGAGAUGUUAUACCGUGGAAGCCAGAAUCAAUUCCAGCAGCAGUAUCUCUGGCUAAAUUGUUUGAAGAGAAGUACCCAAUGGCUGGCAGAGCAGGAAAUAGAAGGCCAAUUUUCAACCCAGACAUCAGUGCUAUCGGCAAUCCUGGUAGAGGAGUGGCCACUCCCACACUUGCAAUUAAAGCAGGUCCAGCGCUACCAGCUUUGGGACCACCAACUGCACAAUCAGCUCAAGUGCCAUCAGGUAAUUACACUCAACCAUAUCGGAAGAUUAGUUUCAAUGAAAUGCAAAUAAGGAAGACAAAGGGAUUGUGUUUUAAUUGUGAUGAGAAAUUCACUCCAUCACACAAAUGUGCAAAUAGAAGGCUAUUAUUAUUGCAGUGGGAUGAAGAACCACCAGAUAAUCCACAGCAAGAAGAUACUGAAUUUUUGGUAGAGAUGGAAAACAAUCUGCAAGUUGAAGAAUCUGAACCUAAGAGUUCACUUAAUGCUAUGAAUAGUGCAGCGGUAACAGGCACCUUGAGGUUUUCGGGAAGUAUUAAUGGGCAUCCAGUGACAAUACUGUUAGAUGGAGGAAGCGAUGACAGCUUUAUUCAACCAAGAUUGGCUCAAUUUUUGAAUUUGGAGAUUCAACCCACUAAACCUUUUAAGGUUCUGGUAGGCAAUGGACAGGCAUUGCAGGUUGAAGGAAUGGUGAGAGAAUUAUCAAUUAAGGUACAAGACUACAUGCUGAAUUUUCCAGUUUUCUUAUUACCAAUCGCAGGAGCUGAGGUGAUAGUGGGUGCAUCAUGGCUGGCAACCUUGGGAGCACAUAUGGUGGACUACAGUAAACUAUCAAUACAGUUCUAUCAUAAUGGUCAAUUUAUAACCUUGUAUGGUGAUCAGGACAUUGCUCCAAAACCAGUGACAAUGCAUCAAUUGAAUAGAUUAUCUUCUACUAAAGGAAUUGCUGAGUGUUAUGAAAUGUCUAUGAGGGAAGUGGCAGAAGAAGAAGUUCAUCAGAGUAAUUCUUUGUCCACCAAGGAGGAAGGAGAACAGAAAAUACAACUACCUCAGGAGAUGCCUGAAAUUCUGCAACAACUUUUACUCAGAUACCAGCAAGUGUUCUCCAUACCAGUGGGACUACCCCCUUCAAGAAAUUGUGAUCAUAAAAUCCCUCUAAUGGCAGGGUCACAACCAGUGAAAGUGAGACCCUACAGGUAUCCUCAUAGCCAGAAGAAUGAGAUAGAGAUUAUGGUGGCACAAAUGUUGAAAGAAGGCUUGAUAGAACAUAGCAAUAGUCCUUUUUCCUCACCUGUAAUUUUGGUUAAGAAAAAGGAUGGAACAUGGAGAUUUUGCACAGAUUACAGAGCUUUAAACGCCAUCACAGUGAAAGAUGCUUACCCAAUUCCAGCAGUUGAUGAGAUGUUGGAUGAGUUACAAGGUGCCAAGAUUUUUUCUAAGCUAGACCUGAGGUCAGGCUACCACCAAGUGCUACUGCAGGCAGAGGAUAAGUGCAAGACGGCCUUUAGAAUCCAUCACGGGCAUUUCCAAUGGUUGGUUAUGCCAUUUGACAACGCCCCAGCUACUUUUCAGGCUCUCAUGAAUGGGAUUUUUCAAUUUGCUAUGAGAAGGUUUGUCUUGAUAUUUUUUGAUGAUAUCCUGGUUUAUAGUAUGGAUUUGGAGAGUCACAUUAAACAUUUGGAGGUGGUAUUAAUUACACUCAUUGACAACCGCUUGUUUGCUAAGUACUCCAAAUUUUCAGCUGAGGGAGUCCAGAUGGACAAAACCAAAGUGGAGGCAAUUAUGCAGUAUGGCGUACCUAAAACCAUCAAGGCAAUUGUAGCAGCUCCAGUAUUAAAGUUACCAGAUUUUUCACAGUCAUUCAUAUUAGAAACUGAUGCAUCAAGAACUGGCAUAGCCGCUGUGUUGAGUCAGAAUGGUCAUCCUAUAGCCUACUUCCAGUGA